UUACGUUUGUCAUGUUGCCGCCAUCUUGGAUCCACAAAUAAUUAAAAAAACACAAAUGAUUUUUUUUGGCGAAGAAGUUACAAAACAGUUACAUUAGGCUAACGUAUACAAGAAACCAACGUAAAUAAUAGAUAGUUUUUGGACACCUUCAUUGAGAGAUGUCACUGGUGCAUCUUGGACAGCAGCUGCUGGAGGCAGUGCGGAGUGGACAGGAUGAUGAUGUCAAGGCUCUGAUGGCCAAUGGUGCUCCGUUCACCACAGACUGGCUGGGCUCAUCGCCGCUGCAUUUCGCUGCCCAGUACGGUCAUCACUCCACCGCCGAGGUGCUGCUGCGUGCCGGGGUCAGUAGGGACGCCCGGACAAAGGUGGACAAGACCCCUCUUCACAUCGCCGCCUCAGAGGGUCACUCCACCAUAGUGGACCUGUUAGCGCAGAACGGCGCCAACAUCAACGCCAAAGACAUGCUGAAGAUGACUGCGCUGCACUGGGCGGCUCAGCACGGCCACAGGGAGGUGGCGGAGCUCCUGCUGAGGCACGGCGCAGACCUCCACUGCCUCAGCAAGUUUGACAAGACACCCUUUGAUAUCGCUAUGGAUACCAGCAACACGGAGCUGAUGAUACUGCUACAGGACGGCAUGCAGAACCAGGUAAACAUUGCACCAGAGUCACACUACAUCAUCCGUGAUGGUGGUCUGGUCAACCUCUCAGACCUGGUCACUGCCACCAAAACCAGUGCAGGCAAGUCAGAGGACGUCAUGGCUGCCGAGUCGGUGGAAGCAACCUUUCAGCACGUGGUGGGCGACGGUGGGCAAAGGGUCAUUACCAUAGUGACGGACCAACACGGCAACAUGCAGCCAGCGUCCCUGGGCCAGCAGUACAUCUUCACCCUGCAGGGGCAGCAGAUGGUGGCUUUGCCAACCGGCGCAAUCACAGAGGAGGUGGUGGUCGAGGAUCCUCAGCAGGCUACGCCCAAACGCAAGAGGAGCACAGACCUCUCAGCCAAUCACGUCGGCCUAAAAGACAAGAAGGUGAAAGAAAGUCGUGAGCAGCUGCAGCGGCAGCUGCAGGAAGCCAAUCUCAAAGCUGAGGGGUAUCAGCAGCAGCUCCUGCAGAAGGAGCAGGAGGCCGAGCAGUAUCGCCUUAAACUGGAGCAGGCCAUAGCAACCAGUAAAAACAGCAUCAACAACGCCAUCACCUUAACAGCCAUUACCUUAAACAACGGCGCUACAGCGAAGCAGCAGAAGGAGGAGGAGGUGUUGGUAGAGGAGCAGCUAGAGACGACACAGGAAGCUGCAACAAAAGAAGGGGAGAGGCAAAACUUGGAGGAGGGGGAAGAGGUCAUCUUCCUUCCAGAAGAUGAGAUUCUUGUGAAUGAGCGGGAGCUGGAAGUGGAGGUCGAUGGUAGAGAGGAAACACACAAGGCUUCCCCCCGUCAGAUAGGCCAAGGUAGAAGGAGAGGGAGAGGCAGAGGUGGACGCAGACACUAGCUGACAUGUUUUGUGAUCAUCUAUUUAACUGAUUUUAUAACCUUUUGUAAACACAAAGACUUUUUGUAAAUAUGUCCAGGUUUUCAUGUGACACAAACAUCAAGAAGACUAGAUUGACAUGACUUCAUAGACCAUUUCACAGUAAACAUUAACAUAAUGGCCCCAAGUUAAUUUCCUGUUGUAAUGUAUGUGAAUGACAUCAACUGACAGGAAGUUAACAAGAGGCCAGACUGUUGCCUAGCAAUAGGAUUCCAUUAGAAAAGGUCUAUAGGACUUUACAUUAGGCACACACUGAGCCUGGAGAGGACAUUUUUGGCAUCAUGGACUUUGGAUAAUGUUCAGUUCUUCACUACUUUAUCUCUUUGUGUUUCAUAGCUCUGGGAUCACCUGUAAUGUCAUGACCAGCCCACCCCCCGCCCAACUGAAUGGUAGCUGAGCUAGGUAUAGUACUAGCUAAAGAUUUCACCUUUAUAAUGGUACCUGUCCACUGGAAAUCGGCAUUUCCAAGUAAACAGCUUCACAAUGCAUUCCCAUAGCGCCGCGGCCACUUUAGAGAAACGGGGCGACAAGUUGCCCGCUCCUCAUUUCCAUAAUUUUGAAUCCAGGCUACUUUAUCCAAAUCAGGGGAAGUCCGGCUCGACUCGCUGCUUUUGAAAUCCCAGAAACAUGUUUUAAACUGUCCGUUGGUGAUCUAAAAUGAAAACAGAUUUAGCAGCUGUAGCUUAAUUCUUGCAUACUAUUUCGGUGGACCAUUUUCGUAAAAUUAGAGAAAGUUUCCAAACGAGCGGCUAUGAUGUUCUGUUUUUAAAUUUGGGAGCCGACAUUCCCAUGUGAAGUGGGUGUCCAAUCAGGUGCAGCCAUAGCGGUUGUAGGAGGGUGUAGCGUGUUUUCUUUGCUUGCCAGUGGUCAUUAUAGAGAAAUAGAUAGCUGCUAGUGACUAGCCACCAUAAGCACCCAAUGCGGCGAAGCUGGGCAACCCCUGCCACGCCACAGUGGACGCGUACCAUUAGUUAGUACCUUCAUUGUUCCGUGUUGUAUUUCAAAGUUUACAUACAUUUUUUUAUGGCAGGAUUUGGGUGGACGCUCAGACUGUGAUGUGUCACACAGUGAAUGUGCCUCAGUGAAGCCACAUGGUACAGUCAAAGAUAAUCAAGAAGCAAUUACAGUGAGAGCAAUGGAUGAGCUCUUAUCCAGGGUGACCUGCAGUGAGCAGAUAGGAGCCCGCUGUGGUUCUCAAGGACACUACAACAGAAUGCAUCGCUCAACACACCCUGUCUUUUCUGGGGAAUCAAACUUGUGACCUUUUAAAAUACUAGACUUUAGCUACUCAGCCACCGUCCACUCAGUUAUUUACUGUGUAAUAUUAUUGAUGUAAUACGAGUAACAACUAGACGUAAAAUGGCGUUUUAAUGUUGUUUGUCUACAUGACGAUUUUCACACACGUCUGUUGGGAGAUGUGUAUGACCAAAAUCAUGAGUGCAGGGAUAAAGAUAGUUAAUCUUUAAUUAGGGUCAUUUUCCACAAGGACACGAUUACAGAGCCAGUUUGGGGAUUUUGAAUUUGAUUGUUUUUUUGUUUUUUCAUUAACUCACAGCUCAUCUUAUUAUUGAAAAUGUCAGGGAACGUUUGUUUACAUGUUUGCACUUCAGGGCUUUAUUCAUCAGAGCUUCUUAUUUUUUGACACAACAAGUUUGUAAAAUGUAAUUAUGUGAUGCAUUUUGUGUCUGUUUUUUGUCACUGAGGCAAUAAAGUGUGUACUCAUUAA